AUGGAAAAUAGUAUAUAUAAUUUGGUUCUCUCUUGCGAAGGUAGUCUAUUUAAAUUGUUGCAUCGUUCUAAUGUCCAACUUGAUGAAAUGAGGCGACUGCACAUGGCUCUUGAUGUGGCAAAGGGAAUGAACUAUUUGCACACGAGCAAUCCAAUGAUUGUGCACCGGGAUUUGAAGACACCAAAUCUUCUUGUCGAUAGAAAUUGGGUUGUUAAGGUAUGUGAUUUCGGGAUGUCACAAAUGAAACACCAUACCUUUCUGUCUUCUAAAUCUACCGCUGGAACUCCUGAAUGGAUGGCACCAGAAGUGAUGAGGAAUGAACCGUCCAAUGAUAAGUCUGAUGUAUAUAGCUUUGGUGUAAUUUUAUGGGAGUUGGCAACUUUGUGCAUACCUUGGACAGAGAUAAACUCAAUGCAGGUCGUUGGUGCUGUUGGUUUUCAGUUCAGACACCUCGACAUUCCGGAACAUGUUGAUCAUGUGGCUGCGCGAAUAAUAAGCGAUUGUUGGCAUCCGGAGAAAGUGAAAAACUAACCGUUAACAACAUGAAUAAACCCAAGGUAUUCGGAAACAGUUCAGACGGGUGCUGGUAAAGAUGUAUCUAUUUGUCAUUGGCGGCGUCUUGAAGUUUUAUAAGGUUUUAACCUUGAUAAGUUAAGAAAACAGAGGUCACGUGUCUCAUAUGCAUCAAUAUCUGCAAUUGAAACUAUAGGUACGAGUUACUCUCGACACAUGGAAGAUGAGUAUCAGAAGUUUAUCCGGAGAAUGAACCCGCCUCGAGUCGUAAUCGACGAGGAAUCGUGUAAAAAUGGUACAAUCAUUCAGGAUUAGGUUUUGACAUUGACGAGAUAAUACAAGCAUGGCAUGAACUGUAUGAAGUGAAAAGAUGGCAAAGUGGCGUUUUUCGAUUAGCGCCACUGUUUAGAAGAUGAGUUUUGGUUAUUGGUUCAAAGAAAAAAAUAUUGUGGAUGAAAUUUAAUAUAAGGGUGAACACAACAUACAUGUUUUGGAGAACAGUUAGAUGAAUAUAUCCGGGUCGCUAGCUUGGGAAGUGGGAUCACUUCCGCGGUUAAGGGUACCGUGCAUCUACCCCUUUUUUUCCGAGGGAACUUAAUUUACUAAGAGAAAGAUUUUGGUAACUCGAAGGAUAUGAAUCUUCAAAGGGACUCGACUAUCUUUAAAUUGUAUAUCCCCUCUAUCACUAAUUUAUGCAACAUCAGACUUUGUUUUUUAUUUUAUUUAUACACUUGAUAUUUUUCUUAAUAGUUUUCUCCAACCCGGGUAGCACCCGGGUGAUAACCUAGUUUAUAUAUAUAGAUGAAGGGGAAAUGCAUGGUGAUGACACGUAUAUGAUGAUAUGGUUGUGAGGCUUUGCAUGAACUACAUGUUUCACUUUUGUUUGGUUCUAGAGUGUGUGGGAUAAGCUAAUAAAAAAAUGGAUACUUAAGAUAAUAAAAUUUGUGUAUUAAAGAAAUUCAUUAGUAUAAUGAUAAUAGGCCACAUCCUUGUAAGGGUCGAGUAGUGUUAAGAACUACAUCAGGGUUGGGGUUGUUUAAGUUAUUGGGUGUGUUACAUAUAUCAUGACUGUGUGAUAAGUGAAUACAUGACUUGUUGUACGUGAAACAUGUGAUUUAUGUGCAUAUGACUGAUUGUUAUCGGUAACCCUUUUAGGGCGUGGUUGUUCAACUGGUAAUUAAGUAGAUAAUCUUACCGAGCAAAUCAAAGGUGAGUUCAUCUCUCUUGAGCAUGCGUCCCGGUGGUUGGGACAGUCAGUGGGUAUCCUUGGGAGGGAUAAG